CAGCCUUUAGAAUAUUUGCCUUCAAGUUGUAGCUGUUGUUUUUCUGAUGAUGGAUCCAGCUGUGAUUAUCAUCUUACUUCUCUACAGAAUAGAUUCUACUCAAGCAGUGAGAAAUUCAGAGCCGCUGGUCAUCUCAGCUGAGCCCGGUGAAGCGGUCAAUCUCACCUGCACAUUUGUAGACGACUCAAAUAAAGAGGUUAGGAUGUGGUACAAACAAAGACUGGAGCAUGCGCCACUGGAAGUGGGAUCAAAGUUAGAAGACAAACCGGCUAUGAUUUCAGAUCAAGUCGACAAAUCGAGAUUUAAACUCAACAGAAUAGCGAGUGGCAUUUCUCUCAGUAUUGAACGCGUCACUAAAGAAGAUGAAGGAAUGUACUUCUGUGGAGAGGCUGGAAAGAAAACGCUGGACUUCUCUACUGCUACAUUCUUAGCGGUCACAGGGCAGUCAGACAUCUCAGUGCUCCAAACUCCAGUACGGCGGUCAGUUUCUCCAGGAGAGUCGGUCACUCUGCAGUGCACGGUCCUCUCUGAGAUCAGAGCAGCAGAUCUCCGAGUGCUCUGGUUCAGAGCUGCUGCAGGACAAUCCUUUCCUGAAAUCAUUUACACUCAUCAGAACAGCAGCAGCCGUCAGUGUGAGAUCAGCUCUUCUACAAGCUCCUCUCUGUAUGAGUUCUCUAAGAACAUCCUCGACCAGCACCACACUGGAACUUACUACUGUGCUGUGGCUGCUUGUGGGAAGAUCAUCUUUGGGAAUGGAACAUCAGUAGAACUGAGGAAGUCUUUCUGUGCACUUCUAGGCACCUGUGUAGCAGAUGGAAAAUGCUUUUUGGGGCUUGAACUUUGUUUUCAUGUAUACAAGAAAGUUCAGCAGGGGGCUCUGAAUGAGCGGACCACCAGACAGGAACAGAACAGUGAGAACCUGCAUUACGCUGCCAUCCACAUCAAAGAGAAGAAAGCUAAAAGUGGGAGAGUGAAGAGAGAACAGCCUGAAGACAUUGUUUACUCUCAAGUGAGAAGCUCCAAAGCUGCUGCUCAUCGUUCUCAUCGCUAG